AUGAGUAUCGUUUAAGGAAAAUUAAGCAUAUCUAAGUUGACCACUUGUAAGUUAUGAGAUACAUUGUUUUUGUACAUUCCAGUAUUAACUUUGUUUACUAACAAUGGAAGAAGGUUGAUGAUUGUCCUUACAGAGCUGUUAGUUUUGGUCUUUUUGUCUUUUUACACAAUGACCAGUAGGUUGUUUAGAAAUAUGCCGUCUAAUAUACCCGUGGAUAUUAACGAUCAGGAUAAACCGUCAAGAACAACAAAUAACUCGGACGUAAAGAGGGUUGGUAAUGAAGGUGUUCCUGAUAGACCGCUUGACAUUGGUGACCAUUACGUAGUGCGGCGACCUGAUGGUUCUUGGCAUCCAGCCAUCAUUAUUCAAUCACGACGUAAUAAUGACGAAGGAUACUUUGAUUAUUAUGUCCAUUAUGAAGGAUAUGACAGACGUUUGGAUGAAUGGGUUCAGAGAAAAAGGGUGAUGACAACACAGCUGUCUGAUCAGGACUGGAAACAGAAUGAACAAUGUAGGACAAUGAAUUUGCUAUUCGAUGAGACAGACAGAAAAAUAACACGCAACCAGAAACGGAAACACUGUGAAGUUCAUCUUCUUCAGAAGAGAAUUGUCAGUGAAGAAGAUAUAGACCCAACAUCUAGUGCUCUUGAAGAGGAGCAUGAAGCUCUAACAAAAGUAAAAUACAUUGAUCGUGUCCAAAUUGGGCGAUACGAGAUUGACACCUGGUACUUUAGUCCAUAUCCAGAAGAGUAUGGCAAGCAGUCAAAACUGUGGAUAUGUGAAUAUUGCCUCAAGUACAUGCGACUAGAGAAGACAUUUAGGUAUCACAUGAGUGAGUGUAUUUUUAGGCAGCCUCUAGGCAGAGAAAUCUAUCGUAAAAGUUCAGUUGCAAUAUGGGAAGUUGACGGGAGAGAUCAUAAGGUGUACUGUCAGAAUUUGUGUCUUUUGGCAAAAUUGUUUCUUGAUCACAAGACUCUUUUCUUUGAUGUCGAACCAUUUCUUUUCUACAUACUGUGUGAAGUGGAUAAACAUGGUUCUCAUCUCGUCGGUUAUUUUUCAAAAGAAAAGGACUCUCCAGAUGGUUAUAAUGUAGCGUGCAUUUUGACACUUCCUCCAUAUCAGCGCCAGGGUUAUGGAAAGUUGCUCAUUGCAUUCAGCUAUGAACUUUCCAAGCAAGAAGAGGUUGUUGGCAGCCCUGAAAAGCCAUUAUCAGAUCUUGGACGCUUGAGUUAUCGCUCAUAUUGGUCGUGGGUUAUCCUUGAGAUAUUACGGGACUUCAGGGGAAUUAUCUCGAUCAAGAAAAUUAGUCAGAUGACGAGUAUCACGGAAAGUGACAUCACGGCGACACUGAACUCCAUGGGAAUGCUAAAGUACUGGAAAGGAGAACAUGUGAUUUGUACAACUCCACGUUUGGUUAAUCUCCUUAUCAAUUCAAGUCAUUUUAAAAAACCGAAGCUUGUUGUAGAUACAAGUUUGUUGCAUUGGUUGCCACCAAAGAAAACACAGGUGAAAUUAGUAAAGAAAGGAACUUGAAUCGUUCCUACGACUGUAGGAGUCUCUUCACAGAUAUAAUUUCCUAGGUUGAUAUCGGUCUGUAACAGUUUAUUUCUGCUUCAUUUUAUUAAGAAUAUCAACAUAUAUAAAUCUUUUGUCAGUUCAUUAUUCAUCUUAUCAUCUGAUGCUGUAUAUUCUGAGCUACUGAGAAUAUUAAAUAAAUACAAAACUAAGA